GACUCAGCUCUUGCUUUUACUCCUCUUCUCUUCUUCCCCAACCAACCUCACGAGCUCAAGCUCAAGCUCACCGCAGCAGCUACCCGACGCCCUCGCUCACCUACCUUCUUCCCCAUCGAGGCAUCGAACCCAGAGCACAAGCCCUCGCCUGUGAGCGGCAGCAUGGACCCGCGGUUCCCGCCGCCGGCGCCGGCUGGAGGAGGAGGAGAGCGGGGGCACCACCGGCGGGCACAGUCGGAGACGUUCAUCCGGUUCCCGGACGCGGCUGACCUGCUUCUGGACCCGGACAGCGACGACUUCUCCUUCUCCGACCUCGACUUCCCCUCCCUCUCCGACGACUCCGCCCCCGCGGCCUCCUCCGCCGCCCCGCCGCAGGGGCUUCCUCCGACGCAUGGAGGGACUGUUUCCUCCUCAUCGUACGCGCCGCGGCCGCCUGGGGUGUGUGGGGGCGGCGCGCACGUGCGGAGCCUCUCGCUCGACGCCGCCUUCUUCGACGGGUUGCAGCUGCAGGGGGGAGGGGGAGGAGGGGGGUUGGCUGGGCAUAAGAGGAGCGGGUCCAUGGACGGGGCCAGCUCGCCGUCCGAGGGCGAGUCCGCGCUCUCCGGAGGUGCCCUGCCGGACUACGCCAAGAAGGCCAUUCCCGCCGAGCGGCUCGCCGAGCUCGCGCUCCUCGACCCCAGGCGCGCCAAGAGGAUUCUGGCCAACAGGCAGUCGGCGGCGAGGUCCAAGGAGAGGAAGAUCAAGUACACCGGCGAGCUGGAGAGGAAGGUGCAGACGCUGCAGACAGAGGCGACUACGCUCUCAGCCCAGCUCACGCUUCUUCAGAGGGACACUUCUAGUUUAACUGUUGAGAACAGGGAGCUCAAACUCCGAUUGCAGUCCAUGGAAGAACAAGCUAAACUUCGAGAUGCUCUGAAUGAUGCCCUGAGAGAAGAAGUCCAGCGGCUCAAGAUAGCGGCAGGUCAAGCUCCAAACAUGCACGGGAACCCCUUCAACGGAGGACAACAACAGAUGCAGCAGCAGCAGAUGCCAAACUAUUUCUCGCAGCAGCAGCAGAUGCAGAUGCACUACUUGGGCGGCCACCAAGGUCAGCAUCAGAACCACCAGAACCAUCAGCAGAGUUCUUCGAAUGGAGGCCAGUCGCUGAGCGGGCAGUCCCUAAGUGACUCCAUGGAUUUCAUGUGAGGAGGAAAGCCUGGGCAACCUAGCUGUAAAGAUAACUGAUGUAUACCGUUUGCACAUGAAUCAUUCCUAGGGUAGCUAGUUGUUAUUUGUACCAUUAAUCCAAACAGAAAAAGAAUCAUCCGUGUAUCCAGUUGGCGACCUCUUUGGUCGUGCAUGCCUGAACUCUGAAUGAAAGCAUGCUUAACAUGUUGCCUGUAGCUUUUACCCUGUGAAGAUGUUACGGUGAAUGGAAUUGCCUGUUGGAGUUCUUUCUUC